GUUAUUAUUGAUUGUUCAUUUGUCUUGAUUUGUUUGCAAAAAAAAUGUGAAAUAUUCAAGUUAAAACUUUCGUAAAUAGAUAAAUAAAGUAAUUAAACGCUCGUUUAACAAGUGUGAUAUGGAAAAUAAUUAGAUACUUUGUUGACACAAGGUCCAAAUAAAAUCCACAAACAUCUCGAGUAAUUCAAGUUAACCAUGGAGUCUCCUCAGUUCGCCAAGGCGAACAACAAUCUCGGCGCUAGUAAAGUAUCGCCAGGCGAUAAAAUGAGUUCCAGCCUGAAUUCCAGUACCCUGGAGGAUACCACACCUAGUGACUCGGGUAUCCAGAUGCUGGACUCGGAGAAUAGCGAUGCAAUGAUCGAAUCCAUUGGAUCCUAUGAAACGGCUGCAGCAGCAGCAGCCGAUGCCAAUUCAAAUAUGGCAACUGCUGUCAUAGCUGCCGUUGAAGAGGCUCAAAUGAUAACCAGUGCUUGCUCAACUUUCGACACCACAGAAAAGAUUGUCUACAGGCGCAAGGUGCACAAGACAUCAUCAGCACCGAAAGCACCAAAGAAGAGGGUAUCCUUUCAUGAGGAUAUACUAAAGAACACCCGGACCGACAAUAUACAUAUUGAGCAUGGAUUUAUUACCUAUAAAAAUGGACGCAAACUGGCCAUAGGACAGGCGGGGGGAGUAGCUAGAGCAGCAGGACGCUAUUCCUGGUGUGUGGAACGCAAUGGAGAUGACAGUGGCAAUAAUCAGGCAGGCGGACCAAAUGAAAUCUCUGCCGCAGGACGAUAUGACGGAGACGACGAUGAUGAAGGCGAAAGUGGAGCAACUGGUGGUGGCAAUGGUACAGGCGCUGGACGUCGACGACGCUUAGUCUAUCGAAAUGCUUGCUCGGAUGUGCUUGACUAUGGGCACACAGAUAUAUAUGAUACCAAUGAGCCACACGGACUACAAUACGAUAACUCUGGAGUCUUCGAAUAUGCCCCACCGCCACAAUCAGUGGCCGGAGAUGGAAUGGACAGUAGCACCAGCUCUAACUCCAGCAUGGAUUCGGAUGAGCAGGAGCCCAAUUCGAAUACCAAUCGCAAGAGUAGCUCCUGCGAUUGUAUAGGGAUGAGUCAGGUCAAUAACAAUUUCAUUGGCAACAAUUGCUAUUAUUCGGAGCCUAAUAUUGGAGUAUCCAAGUCAGUAUGGAACAAAGAGAAGAAACCGAAAUCUAGUUGCCUGAAGAAACCGAAACGUCAAACGAAUAUAAUCCAGGAACAGGACCUCAAUGGACGCAUGAAAAAAUUUAACGUCCAUGAUAGUAGCAAAAUGAUUUUUGGCUCUUUGAAAAGCAUUUUCACCAUGCCCUUACCCGAACGUGGAGUCCCUGAAGGUUCGGAAGAUUUGCAAGCGGUAAUCGAAUGUGUGCCUGAAUUAGAACAAACACCAGAGCAUAAACUUAAGCCACAAAACCAAACAAAUUUAGCAACGUCUCCCUCAUCGCCUCCUCUAAAGGCUAAACCAUUUUUAAGCAAAAGUCUUGAUGGCAAUAAACAGACGGCAAAUGUCAAAAAAUUUGUUCACAAUGUCGAUCAGCAGUUGCGCCAUAAAAAUGAUGACCAGCAAUCUCCCAGUACUAGUUCCAGCUCCCCAAUAGAUGGCAUACAAAAACAAAAACUAAAUCAAUUGUUUCUGCUCCAACGUCAAGAUAAAUUUGAUAAACAAAUGGAGACAGUUGGAACUAAUGUCAAUGCCAAUGCCAAUAAUAAUCAACAGCAGCCGCUACAUCAGCAGUUCCGCAGCAAGUUCAUCAUAAAUUGUGAGAGCACUGUAUUCGAGCAUACUGGUGUUUCCUAUGAGACAUCCCAUGAUGAGAAUCAAUUGCAAACAGACCACACAUUGCAACAGCAGCAGCAGCACAGCAAUGUGGCUAGUCUUCUUGAGCAAAACACACCUAUAGCCCAGCCAGCUAGUCAAAUGAAAUCAUCAUUUAUGGCGGCACCAAUAGCCAAGACAUUUAGUAAUUUCUUCCGUAGUCUGAAGGAGGGCAGCAGCAACUCCACAGCGAAUACUCCCUCGCCAGCUCUAGAUACGGAACACCAGGUGGCCACUGAUAGUUAUUUUGCCAAGAAAAUGAACAAAUCACAACAGCAUCAGCAGCAGAAGAUAGCUUCACCCAUUUGUCAGCUACCCAAUGCUCAGUCCUCAUCCACCAUAUCCGAGCUUAGCUCCAUUAGCAAUAAUACCAAUACCAAUUCCUGCUCUCUACCCAAACCCCUUGCCCAAGUUGAACGUCAAACUCGUCACUUGGCCUCGCCGUUAAAGAAACGUGGUCAACCACUUAAUCAGCCGGCACGCUAUGGCGAUCAAUUGCAGUUGCACAGUCGCAGUCUACACAGUCCUUGUACUUAUCUCAAUGCACGCGGGGGUAGUGGCCGCGACUCAAAGAGCACUAUACUAAGUGAUGAUUUUGAUGAUAUACUCACUAUAACAACAACUACGGAUACGAUUAAUACAGAUACUAAGCCCAGUUCAGUGGCUGAUAGUGACCUGGUUAUUGUCGACUAUACGGAUGUUGAUUACUCGCAGCUUUUAAAGCCACCGCACGCAAAAACGUCCCUUAUUAAUCGAUUUCUACGCAAUGUAACACAAAAGAAAAUCAUGGAGACAUCUAUAAGACGUAAUAAUUUCUUUGCCGAUAAAUUGAGGAAUGAGCAGAAAAAUCUUGGUUCUACCAAGUUGUAUGUAAAGGGUGCCCGACCCAAAAAUUAUGAGUUAAUUGAUGAUCUAAAUGCGGAAAUAGCCAUGGAAAUAGAAAUGUCUGGUGCCAAUUCACCGCGCCGAGAACUAAUCAAUAUGGGAGAGUCUGAUACAUCGGAAGUGUCCAAUUUUGAGCUGGGCAUAGGAGAAAUAUCUAUAGAUAUAUUCAAUGGCAAGACGUUGUCCAUAUUAAGUGAAUCCAAGGAGCAGCUCAUGAAGGUCUUUAAACUCUAUACGGGAUAUAGUCAAGAAGGCUUUAUGACUCCGGUUUUAGUUCUACUAACCGAUCGGUCUUUGUAUGUAACAGAUUUAGUACGAAACUGUCUGUGUGCCAAAUUUGUAUUGGCCUACAAAGAUCUGGAUGUUAUAUUGAUGGGGCCCUUUGGCAACACGGUUUUACUUAGCAAUAGUACUCGUGAUAUGCAGCAGGUACUACUUGCUGGUGGCCCCUAUCCAGCUGAUGCUCUGGUGGCCAAUCUGGAGUUGUGUGCCAGACGAAGCGGUUCAACUCUUCCCGCUGUUGGUCAAUUGACUAUGGAGCAUUUGGCACCCUUGCAGGCAUUUGUGAGGGCCAACAGUUGUGUGGGUAAAGAUGAGCGUUGGAUGUUCUAUGCUGUGGUCAAUGUACCUGUCGGAGGUGUCCUAAGUUUCGCUGGAACUGGUACUGAAGACGAUCAAGAGCCGCUGGGUCCUAAUAUGAAGGGUUUUCUCAUGCAUCGGCGUGUUAAAGAAGCAAAUGGCAAGGCUAAUUGGCAGCCGGGUUACUUUUUGCUCAAGGCUGGUGUUUUGUACAUGUUCCAUGAUUCAAAUCAAAAACUUCCAAGCUGGGCAAUGGCUUUGGCUGAGUGCCAGGGAGCUCGACGAACUGUUAAGUCACUGCGUCCGCAUUGCUUUGAGUUAUUGCUAAAGAAAGAAAUAUUACAACUGGCCGCUCCAGAUGAGUAUGUGGCCUCCGAAUGGCUACAAUCAUUACUCCAGUCGGCGAGUGGUCUAUUUGAAUUGCAAGAAAAACACAAGACAUUGGGUUGCUCCUUGAUAGUCACACAGAAUCAUUUGAUCACCUUACGUGAGGAUUUCUCGGCACCAUUGCGUCAAAUUCAGAUGAAGGCCAUGCCAGAUGAGCAAUUAUCCAUCGUUCCUGAAUCCAAAAAUCUGCUGUGUGAGGAAGAUUUGCUAAGCGUUUUUGAGACAAGCAGCCUGAUGAGCUCUACCCUGAGCACACCCACACGGGGCACCCUGAAUUCCACACCCACAAAGCAGAUUCAAUCAAUGACACCGACUCCGCUGGCCAUCAAGUCAUCUGAGCAAAAUAUGAUGAGCAGUGUAUAUGGUAAAAACUCUGGACUGCAGAUUCUGACAUGUGCUGAUAUUAAAGCCAUGACUGGAAUCAAAAUAUCCUCACACAGUGAGACUUGGUGGUGUAUUCUGGAGUUUUCGUGUCAGGAGGCGCCCCUAGAGUGCCUAGAUGAUUUGGUUAUCUUUUUCGCCAGCAGCAUGGAAAUGCAACGUUUCUUACGAUUGCUCGAGCAGCUCUGGCAAGCCAAGAAUAAUGAUCUUUUCCCCAUCACGGUUAUGGACGAUGAGGAAGCUCUUUCCGAACGGUGUACUGCGCUCUACACUGAAAUAAAUCGGGGCUGGGAACCCUUAUUGACGGCUGCUUUGGGGUAUCCGCUCUAAAUUCGAUCUACACAAAUAUUUACUACUCUCCAAUAAUAUAAACUGCUUAAAUAUUUUAUUGUAAACAAAAAAAUACUCAAAGCAUAAAAUUGCUGAGGAACAACAAAUGGUAGCUACACAAAAAUAUUUACAAAACACAUAUAUAUCUCUCUUUAUAUAAGUAUACCUAUAUUUAGACCAAACUUUAAUGUAUUAUUUGACCAUUUCAAUUUAUAUUUUGCGCUGUUAUAAUUGUAUGUAUUUUUCUUUAAUUUGUGAUAUUAAGCUUAAGUUGCUGAUUCGUAUUAAUUAUAUUGUUUAUACUUAUA